AGACACAGACACAGGGCAUAACAUGGGUGCCAGUGAGGUGAUUCUGCUGAUCUUCCUGAUUCCAUGCAUCACCACUGAAGAAACAGAAGUGUCUCCUAAAGCUGUUGUCACUCGGCUGUCCGACUGGACAGACGCCUUCAGUGGCGAGACAGUCACCCUUAGAUGUGGCAUACGUGGAGGAGAGCCCUCAGACUGGCUGUACAGCUUUUAUAAGAAUGGGGAGUAUCUAAAGCAUGUGAGCUCUGGGCCAGAAUUCCAAAUCAAAUGGGUCGAUGAGUCCCACAACGGUGACUACAGCUGCAGAGCAACACGCAACAGAGACUCACAAGGAUCAGAGAUCAGUGAAGCCAUCCGAAUUACAGUGUCUGCAAUACCAAUGCCAGUUCUUAGAGGACCUCCACAGAUCUGGCGGACUGAAGGCGACUCAGUGACUCUGAGCUGUGAGGUUACAGGCUCCACUACAGGCUGGAGAUUCCACUGGUUCAUGGCUGUUCCUGACAGCUCCGCGUGGUCACAAAUAUCAGACAGCAGAGAAGCUGGAGGCAAUUACACUCUCAGCCAUGUUGCUCUUAAACACACUGGAGUUUAUGCAUGCAAAGCAGUGAGAGGAGAGCCGCCCUAUCACACAGGGUUCAGCCGACCUCAGUCUCUCUGGGUCACAAGCUUUUCUUCUUUAUCAUCUGUGGUUGUCAGUCCCAAUAAAACACAGCAUUUCACGUCUGAGUCUCUUUCCCUGGGCUGUGUGGAGCAGAGUGGGAGUUUUAGUGAAUGGAGAUUGAGAUGGUCCUCAGGUAAGAUGGAUCGUGAGGUGUGUGCAGGAUCCACCUGCCGCAUCAGCUCAGCAACUCAGACCGACAGUGGUGUUUACUGGUGUCAGUCUGCAUCUGGAGAGCGAAGUAGUCCUGUCAACAUCACUGUACUGACAGAUGGUGAUGUGAUCCUGGAGAGUCCUGCCCAUCCUGUGACUGAGGGAGAUCCCCUGACUCUGCGCUGUAGAUAUCGCUACCAGCCAUCACACAUCAGUGCUGACUUCUAUAAAGAUGGGACACUCCUGCAGACCUCCAAGACAGGAGAGAUGACCAUCCCUGCAGUCUCAAAGUCACAUGAAGGCCUCUAUAAGUGCAGCAACCCUGAGAAAGGAGAGUCACCAGAGAGCUGGAUCACCGUAAAGGUCUUAUUGAAGCCAGCUCCAUUUUCCUCUCUGCUGCUUCCAAUGGGCUGUGCUGGUGGACUGGUGAUCAUGCUUGUCCUCAUCAUCAUUCUGUUCCUGCUGUAUCGUUUUAAAAAACUGAAAGUGGUCAACAGCGGGAAAGUACCAAUUCUAGAUCACACCAGGACCAGAGUCAGCCUGGAGGAAGUGAUGGGGCCCAAUUUCCCUACAGCUACAGUGGUGGUGGUGUCUCCUCAACCUCCACUCUAUCCUGGAGAUGUGGUCACUCUGAGGUGUGCUAUAGCAUAUCACAUCUCAUACAAAGAUUGGCAUUAUUACUGGUACAGAAAUGGUAAUGAAGAUCUCAAUAUGAACAAAGAGACCAUUAGCUUCAGAUUCCCAGAGGAGGCAGGUCGGUAUGAGUGUGCUGGAAUGAGGAAGAAUCAUCCAGUGCAAUCUUCCAGAAGUGCGCAGACUGAUAUUAAGUAUGAUGCUCCCCCUACAGCUACAGUGGUGGUAGUGUUUCCUCAGAGUCCUUUUUACUCUGGAGAGAGAGUUACUCUGAAGUGUGACAUAGCCAAGUACACAGACUGGGGUCCGUACUCCUGGUACAGAGACAACAGCCCACUUCCCAGUCAGGCCAGUGAGUUCAUCACCAUCACACUCCCACAAGAGGCGGGUCAGUACCAGUGCUCUGGACAGAGGAAGGAUCGUCCUCAUGUAUCAUCUUUAAGUGAGCAUCAUCACAUUGGGUGCAAAGAAAAGCCAACUCCAUCUAUCAGAUCAGAUAGAGUGGCACCAGUGUUCACAGGAAACUCACUUAACCUGAGAUGUGACAUGGACAAGUCUACUGGAUGGACAUUCUACUGGUACAGAAACACACAGACCUCUGAUCCUGUGGCCCUGACUGAUGGAGACUCCUACAGCAUCAGCUCUGUUAACGUCUCUGAUGGAGGACAGUACUGGUGCAGAGCUGGGAGAGGAGACCCAGUCUACUACACACAGUACAGCAAUGACGUGUGGGUUGUUAUGUCUAUGGGUUCACUUUAG